AUGGGAAUGUGUUAAGCAACUAAAAGGAACAAUGUUCAAUAGAAUAAGAAAUCUGACAUCUCUUAAAAUGCAAGCUAAGUGAUAUUGGAUUAAUAUCCUAUGCCAAAGCCCAAGUUGGGCAUAGGGUUACCAUUUAUGAUCAAAUUUUUUGAGCAGAUUAAAAUCAUUGAAGUAACUGAAUCGAUGGCACUGGGCGUUAAUUAGCAAAAAUAAGUUUCAAAAGAAUAGGAUUAUUAGUGUAUUUACUUAUACUCCGAAAAAGCAAAAAUUGACAUAUUUGAGUGUGGAUUCACACCAAUUGAUAUUAGCAGACCUGAUAAAAUAAUUGAAGAUAAAAAGCAAUAUAAAUUUUUAUUUGAUUUUAAAAAUCUCUGGGUAUUUAGAGAUAAUCAAGAGGAAAUAGAAUAAGUGUUAAAUAUAUUCAAGGAGAUCAAUGUGAAGGUCAAAUAAAUAUAUCUCUUCACUAAACCCCUGAAUACUUUUAUUGAACAUUAUUAGAUGCUUGGCGAGAUCAGCAUCCUAAAUAGUUAUUAUCCUUUGUUAUUAUUUGAUUACAAGGAUGUUUAAGAUGCAACAAAACGAGGGGAUGAUACUUUUAGAAUCUACCUUCAUAGCGAGGAGGCCUUCGAAAUACUAAUACGAUAGAACUAAAUCAGUCUCUAUAAUAGAAAUCUAUAAAUCAGAAAUCUCAUUUUCCUCUAUCAAGUAGGGAAUUUUAGUGAAAAAUUAGGAUAAAAUUAAUACAAAGUAUUAUGUUAUAAUUUAAUAUAAUAACCUUCUGGAUAGAUAAAUCAGUAAAAAUUAGUGAAGGAACUGAUACCAUAAUUGCAAAAUUUACAAUAAAUGGGCAGCAAUAUUGUUUUAAUAUAUUCGAGUAAAGAAUCUUAAGGUAUGAAAGCUGCUAGGUUGGCGAUUGAAUAAUAUUUGGCAAGAGGGUUAUUAAUAUAUCCUGAAGACAUCUAAAAAUAUAAUGAAUAGUUAAGAUCACUUUAAGUUACACCUGAAUAAUUAAUUUAGUAAUAACAGUAGCAAGAAAAUAAUAGAUUAAAUUAAAAGCAAUAAGAAAUAAUACAACUGAGCAGGGAAUAAGAAAUCAUCAAUCUCUAUGACAGAUGGUUGAAAAAGAUUAAAGCUCAAUAAAUAUUAUUGAGCUCCCAUAAUCUAUUUAUAAAAUUAAUUACAAACAUUAUCCAAUACCCGAAUGACGAGAAAUUCAGAACAAUUUAAAAAUCAAAUAAGACUUUGAAUCUCAACAUUUUAUAAUAUGAUGAAGGAAGAUAAAUUUUGUAAUUAAUUGGAUUUAGAGAAGGUGAAACUGAUUUCAAAAACAUAUUUGAACUCGGCUUAUUAAAAAUGGCAAGAGCAGAUAUUGAAAUUGCAUGGAAAAAGCAGCUUGAAAAAUCUUUAACAUGA